GCUUCUGUGACCAGCGGCAGCAAACCUACCAUGUCUGGGCCUCAGAGCACGGGGCAGGUGCCAGAUGCCCAGGGAGACUCGCCACCAGGCAGGAGGGAUGAGGAUGCCAAGGAGGGGACCCAGAGCUCCCACCGCAUGCUGGGCUUUAGCGAUGCACUGCUGUCCAUCAUUGCCACUGUCAUGAUCUUGCCUGUGACGCACACGGAGAUCUCCCCAGAGCAGGAGUUUGACAAGAGCAUGCAGAAACUUCUAGCCACCAGGAUCGCUGUCUACCUGAUGACGUUUCUAAUCGUGACGGUGGCCUGGGCGGCACACAUCAGGUUGUUUCAGGUUGUUGGGAAGAUAGACGAUACACUUGCCUUGCUCAACCUGGCCUGCAUGAUGACCAUCACCCUCCUGCCUUACACGUUUUCCUUAAUGGUGACCUUCCCUGAUGUGCCUCUGGGCAUCUUCUUGUUCUGUGUGUGUGUGAUCGCCAUCGGGGUUGUGCAGGUGCUGAUCAUAGGCUACGCCUUCCACUUCCCAUACCUGCUGAACUCGCAGCUCCGCACCUCCACCCACAGAGCCGCGACCCGGCAGCACAUCCUGCUCCUUGUCCUCCGCGGCCCAGCGCUGUGCUUCGCUGCAGCUGUGUUUUCCCUCUUCUUCUUCCCCAUGUCGUACCUGCUGAUGGUGACCGUCAUCUUCCUCCCCUACAUCAGUAAAGCUGCCAGCUGGUGCAGGGACAGGCUUGUGGGCCGUAGGCAGCCCCCAGAUCAUGGUGUGGAGCUCUUCGCCUCUGACCUGCAAGAGCCCCUCAGCAAGGAGCGGGUGGAAGCCUUCAGCGACGGGGUCUACGCCAUCGUGGCCACACUGCUCAUCCUGGAUAUCUGUGAGGACAAUGUCCCCGACCCCAAGGACGUGACGGAGAAGUUCCGCGGCAGCCUGGUGGCGGCCCUGGGCGAAUACGGGCCACACUUCCUGGCAUACUUCGGCUCCUUUGCCACGGUGGGCCUGCUCUGGUUCGCCCACCACUCGCUCUUCCUGCAUGUUCGAAAGGCUACACAGGUCAUGGGGCUGCUCAACACGCUCUCGCUGGCCUUCGUGGGAGGCCUGCCCCUAGCCUACCAGCAGACGUCCGCCUUCGCCCGGCAGCCCCGUGAUGAGCUCGAGCGCGUGCGCAUCAGCUGCGCCAUCAUCUUCUUUGCCAGCAUCUUCCAGUUUGCCAUCUGGACCGCGGCCCUGUUGCGCCAGGCAGAGACACUACAGCCAGCAGUGAGGUUUGGCGGCCAGGAACAUGCCUUCAUGUUUGCCAAGCUCGCCUUGUACCCCUGCGCCAGCCUGCUGGCCUUUGCUGCCACCUGCCUGCUGAGCCGGUUCAGCACAACCAUUUUCCACCUCAUGCAGAUCUCCGUGCCCUUCGCCUUCCUGUUGCUGCGCCUCCUCGUGCGCCUCGCCCUCGUGGCCCUACGGGGCCUGCAGUCCCUGCGGCCAGCACGCCUCCCGCCAGGCCAGGCCAGUGCGGCUGAUGCUGACACCCAGUCCCAGCUCCUGCCUGCGUCCCGCUAGCACCACAGGCCACACCCCCACCUGCCCAUCCCACCCGACACCGUGGGUCUUGACUCCGCUGUGAAAUGCCAACGUCUGGCCACAGGAUGCAUGCUGCUCUACACAGGAACGUAAUUCUCCGCUUCCCUCCUCACCCAGACACUGCCAGGAGGAUACCUAUCUCUCUCUCACCUAGAAUAAGCUGCCUGGGGUCUGCCAAGCUGCCCAGGACCCCAGAUACUCUACCCGGCCACUCUACCCGCCCACCCCAUUUGCCUGGAGCCGAGUGGCACCUCCUUCCUGAGACGCAGCUGGUUGGGCUGGGAAGUUGCCAUCUGAGGGGCCACCCGACGUAGACCACCCACCCAGCAUGUACAGCACCACCCCACUGGGGCUGCCGUCCAUCCAGCCCCUCCCCAUGCCCAGUUGCUGGACACAAGAACAAGGAAGGGCACUACAGGACACUGAAGCCCAACUCUUAUUUGUCCCGGGUAUGUUAGGUCACAUUCAGGUAGCAUUAAGUCACAAGGAGAGGCCUGGGGCCAGGGUCACAGCACUGCAGGCAGUCUCACUUAAAUAGAAGGCAGACCACACUGACCACAAUUUACAGACAAUUCCUGCAGGUUAAAGUCAAAGCAGAACUAAUUACAUCACUAAGGACUUGUACUGAAGAUGGCCAGUGAUGUAAACAUAAGAACUGCUACACUGAGACCAUCAGUGGAACCGGGAUGCGUGUGUCUGCAGCUUUGGCAGCAGCGGAAGGACGUGGCGUGGCAUGGAGAUUCCUAGGAGGCUGCAGAUCACACCCAGGAGCCAGGUCACAGCCACAGCAGUGCAAACCCAGCGCCCCUGAGUGCUGGGAAGGGCUGGACCUGUGGGGUCCCUUGCUUUGGGGGGAGGGCCUCUGCAGACUCUCCACAUUGGCUGCUUAUUUUUGGUCAGAUUCCUUCAGCAUCUGAGGGGUGACAAUGAGCUCUUAGGCACAGGGAGAACAGCUUCAUUCACACCAGCCAGGCUGUCCCAGCCGGGCUUAGCCAGCAGUGGUGCCUGGAUGGGCUGGGAACUGUGUCUGCACUGGUGUUUGAGAGCCACAGGUUGCUGGCAGACAGCGUUAUGUGAAGUGCUACAUUUAAGAACGAAGACAUUAAAUCCACUCCUCCA